AUGGUAGAAGUCACUAAUCUAGAGGUAACUAAGGGAAUUGAAAUAGGAAGUGUUUUAUACCUACAUCCAUCAGAUAAUCCAGGUGCACCUCUUGUACCAGUCGUUUUCGAUGGAAUUGGUUAUAGAUCCUGGAGGAGAGGCAUCAUCAGAUCUCUGUCAGUGAAGAAUAAAUUGGGUUUCAUCAAUGGAGAUUCUAAGAAACCACUUUCUACAGACCCAGACUAUAAACAAUGGGAAAGGUGUGACAAUAUGGUUACAUCUUGGAUCCUAAAUUCUUUGAACAGAGAAAUUGCUGAUAGUGUAGCAUACGUGGACAGUGCUUUAGAAUUGUGGACUGAUUUGGAGGAUCGUUAUGAUCAAACCAAUGGUGCCAAGUUGUAUCAAAUUCAGAAAGAGAUCAAUGAUCUCAUUCAGGGAGUUCUGGAUGUAACAGCUUAUUACACCAAGAUGAAGAAACUUUGGGAAGAAUUAAGUAGCUUAUGUAUCAAGAACCACUGCAGUUGUGCAUGUAAUUGUGGAGCAAAGGAUGUCAUGCACAAGGUUGAACAGGAUAGACGAUUGAUUCAAUUUCUUAUGGGUCUUAAUGAGAUUUACACAAUAAUUAGAGGUAACAUUUUGAUGAUGAAUCCACUACCAUCUGUGGCACAAGCUUUUGCCUUAUUGAUACAGGAAGAAAAACAGAGAGAGUUUAAAUCAAACAGCCAAUUGUUUGCUGAAUCCAGUUCUCUUGCUGCUAGCUCUUCAGGAUGCUCUUUAGCUGCUAAUGUUUCAGGUACUUCAAAAGGUCAGAAUUUCCAAACAAAUUACUCAUCUGCUUCUCCAAAUCGUAGAGGAAGACCAUUCUGUGACCACUGCAAGAGACCAGGCCAUAUUAAGGAGAAAUGUUAUCAGUUACAUGGAUAUCCACAGAAUAACAAUCGAUCUCAGAAAUCUCAGUCUAAUGGACAGCAAGGUUAUAAUCAAUUCCAAAGACAACAACAAUAUGAGAAUUAUAGUCCCAAUCAGGCAUACAAAAACAAUAACAAAGGGAAAGGUGUGACAGCUAAUUCUUUGGGGCUGUCAUGUUACUCUACUAUGGAACAAGGAUGUGGCUCUGGGGUCAAAUCACCAAUCGGGACAUUGGCAUCUCAAAGGAGCAAUAUGGACAGCUUGCCUACCUACUUCAGCAAUUUCAGGCAGAAAAUUCAGGCCCCUUCACUGAAGAGGCCUCUGGAAAUUGGUAAAGCUCAUGAUGGUCUUUAUCUCCUUUGCUCAGACUGUCUGCAAAAGAGCAAACAUUCCACUUCAUCUGAAAAUCCUACUACAUGUCUUUCACUUCAUAGAAUUGAUAGGUUGCAUUGUCAAUGUAAUUCUCAUUCCUGUUUGCCUCAUCAAAAUGUAAUAAAUAGGUCAUCUGCCAAUAAAGACAAUACUAUUUCUGUUGAUAGCAAUGUUGUUACCACUGGUGUUGAUACAGACUUGUUGUGGCAUUACAGACUUGGUCAUGUUCCUUUUGUUAAAAUGAAGAGUAUAUCCUCAAUACCUGUGGUUUUCUCAUCCAAACAGCCUUUCUUUUGCCCCAUCUGUCCCAUGGCAAGACAGACUAGACUACCUUUCCAACAGAGCACUCACACUAGCACUGCUAUUUUUGACUUAGUCCAUGUUGAUUUAUGGGGGCCAUACCAAACACCCACACAUGACAAUUUUAGAUUCUUUCUUACCCUGGUAGAUGACUUCAGUAGGUCCACUUGGACACAUCUACUCAGUCAUAAAAGCAAUGCCCUGCAUGUUAUUAAAACCUUCACAUCCAUGGUUGAAAACCAAUUCAAAUCUGCCAUCAAAGUAAUUAGAUCCGAUAAUGGGCUUGAAUUCACCAAUACUGAGUCCAUCCAAUUUUUUCAGUCCAAAGGUAUUAUUCACCACAAGUCUUGUCCAUACACACCUCAACAAAAUGGUGUGGUGGAAAGGAAACAUAAAUACAUUCUUGAAACAGCUAGGGCACUUCUUUUUCAGUCCAAACUCCCUACAAAAUAUUGGGGAGAAUGCAUUCUAACUGCUACCUAUAUAAUUAAUAGACUCCCUUCUGUACCUCUAAAUAACAAAUGUCCAUAUGAAGUGUUGUAUGGGCUGAAGCCUUUUUACUCACACUUAAGAAGUUUUGGUUGUUUGUGCUACCCAACUAUCCCUAAAACCCAAAGAUCCAAAUUUGAACCUAGAGCAUCUCCACACGUUUUUGUAGGAUAUCCAUUUGGUAUGAAAGGAUACAAGGUCAUGAGUCUAGCCACUAAAAGGUUGUAUGUCUCCAGAGAUGUCAUCUUUCAUGAAACAAUUUUCCCCUUUGCAAUGACUAAAGAUCCUACUCUCUUCCCUUCUUAUCCUCAUUGUUUUACUGAUCAGUCUGCAUAUCCCACUUCUGAUUCAUCAUUCGAUCCUACUGUCCAGUGUGAUCAUGAGAUGUUAAGUGACACAAAUCCUACUUUACCUCCUGAACCUUCUAGUCCACCACAUCAUCCUUCUCCUAGCAACACCUCAACCACACCUCUCCAACAAGUCCACCAACCUGAUAUAACAACCAGGAAGUCUCAUAGGACUCACAAAUUGCCCACAUACUUGUCAGACUAUGUUCACUCUAUACCUGUUUCACAACCCACAGACAACCACACAUCAACACCAACAACCCCUACUACAUUAACUGCUUGUUUUUCCCUCAAACACCAUAUAUCUCCUGCAGAAUUGGAUCCUAAUAGUCAAGUUUUUGCUUUAAAUAUUGCUCAUGAUUGUGAGCCAUCUAGCUAUGCAGAAGCUGCUCUUGAUCCUGCCUGGCAAACAGCCAUGACUCAGGAAUUUGCUGCUUUGCAUGAUAAUAACACUUGGUCCCUUAUUCCUUUGCCUAUUGGUAAGAAAGCUAUUGGUUGUAGAUGGGUAUAUAAAAUCAAACACAAGGCAGAUGGUAGUGUGGAAAGAUACAAAGCAAGGCUAGUGGUUAAAGGGUAUACUCAGCACCUUGGCAUAGACUAUACAGAAACAUUCUCACCAGUUGUUAAAAUGACAACUGUCAGAGCUUUGAUUGCUGUUGCUGCAAAGAAACAGUGGAAUAUUUACCAGCUUGAUGUUAAUAAUGCUUUUCUCCAUGGAGAUCUGCAUGAAGAAGUAUACAUGGAUGUCCCUCCAGGUCUUGCUGUGCCACAUACAGGGCUG